AUGCUUGUGUGGCUUCAAGCUCCUUUUGCUCCUCACGAAGCGAAACCUUGUCAUGGCCUUUGGGACCGAGUCGGCACCUUUGCGAUAUUACUCUGCAUCAACUCCUCCCGAAUUCUAGAAGUCGGUCCUCUCACCGUCAACGACGAGUCCCGACUCUUCGCAUCCACGCGGCGUGGCCGAAAUGCACCGUCGCGAAGUUUGCUCAACCGCACAGCACAAUCCAAGGGGGAUUUCCCCAGGGCGAGACCGUGUGGACAAUCGCACAGUUUAAUAAUGGUCUCGGCAUGUCUUUUUAGUCGGUGCUCUGUGCCAGAUUGA